UCUUUUUUUUUUUUUUUUUUUUUUUUUUUUUGCCUUUGUGUUUUGGGAGCCUUAGUUUGGAACUGAGGGGAAUUUGGGAGUUGCUACCUCGGGGUGUCUGGGAUGUACUGCUAGAAGUUAGAAUUUCCACCCUUCAGUGCUACCAAGCAGGUAAGGACACAACAAUUACCCUCUUUCAGUGCCCCUGGGCUGGGUUUGGGGGCUGCAGCCAGAGCAGGGCUGUGUCCCAGGGCUGGUGUGGUCAGGAUGUCCCAGCAAUGUCCUUUCCCAGGUGAAGGACAAUGUCUUCCUACGACUCUGGAGUGGCCUUGGGGCUCGACUCCCAGCCCGGCUGCAGCACUCCAGUGCCCGUCCCAAGGAAUUCCUUCCUGGCACGGCCUUUCCCUUCCCAGUGGAGCUGCUCCCUCACCCUGCUCGGCCGGGAGGACAUCGUGGAGAGCUACACUGGGGACUCCUGCGAGCUGGGGGUGGCUCUGCUGGACUGCAGCUGCUCGGCCCCGGACCCGCAGCUGGUGCGCAGGAUCGUGGCCCAGGUGGAGUUCUACCUGUCGGACGAGAACCUGGCCAAGGACGCCUUCCUCCUCAAACACGUGCAGAAGAACAAGAUGGGCUUUGUCAGCAUCAAGCUGCUGACGUCCUUCAAGAAGGUGAAAUACCUGACCCGGGACUGGCGCCUCACCCUCUACGCCCUCAAGUUCUCGGCGCUGCUGGAGGUGAACAAGGAGGGCACCAAAGUGAGGCGGCGGCUCCCCAUCCCCGAGUACCUGCUGAGCGUCCCCCCCAGCAAACUGCUGCUGGCCUGGGAGCUGCAGCCGCGGGAGCAGGACCUGCCUGUGCAGAAAAACUUCCUGGAGACCAUCACGAGGAUGUUCAGCCCCUUCGGCGCCAUCGCCUCCAUCCGCCUGCUGCGGCCGGGCCGCAAGCUGCCCUCGGACGUGCGCAAGUUCUGCUCGCGGUUCCCCGAGCUGCUGAGCCGCUGCUGUGCCCUGGUGGAGUACGAGAGCCUGGAGAGCGCCCGCAGAGCCUUCGAGAGCCUCGGGCAGCGCGACUGGCACAGCAUCAGGGUGGUGCGGCUCUGCGGGAAAGGGGGCAAGAAGAAACCCGGGGAGGAGCGGCCGGGGUGGAAGGAGGCUCUGCCCUUCCCCUGCAGCCUCGAGGAUUCCCUGCCCAGCAGCUCUCCGCAGCGCGAUGAUGCCUCAGGCUCGCUGUCCCUCCUUCUGAACCAGGAUCUGAUGGCACCCGCCUGGCCUGGCGGCGACUUCACGGCUGGGAAUUCCAGCGCUCUCCCCAGCAAAGGCUUCUCCCCGCUCGGGGCGGGCGCCGAGAGCCGCCGGGCGAGCGCCGCGGGCUCCUGGAGCCCCUGGGCCAGCGGCCUCUGUGCUCCCAGCGCUGCCCUGGCCGCAGCGUGGGGCUCCGAGCCCCUGGGGCUGUGGGACGGGGUCCUGCGCCUGCCCCGCAGCCCCCAGGGCACCGCGGGCUUCGGCAGCAGCUUGGCCAGGGGGGAGCUCGCCCUCCGCCGCUGAAACUCCUUCCAAUUCACCGUUAGGGUUCGUUGUUUUGUUUCUCUUCCCUUCUCUCGAGCAGAAGAAUUUUCUGUGGCCCUGCGAGCUGUGGGCAGUGGCAGUGCAGCUGAUCCAGGGGACAGAAGUUUUGGGGCAGGGACGAUGCUCGAGGCAGAGGCUGAGCAGCAGCAGGAGCUGUGCCAUGCUGUGCUCAUGCCAGUGGGACUGUGCUUGCUCAGGGCCCAGAGCUGGGUUUGGGGUCCAGAUUUUGGAUGAGAAAUGGACAAUAAAGAGAGAUGAAGUUUCCAGGCACUCUCUGGUUGUUGCUGUGAUUUUUUUUUUUUUUUUUUUUUUUU